AUGAUGGACUCCACGGGGUGGAACGGCCAGGGCCAUGGGCUGCACCCUGGGCCGGAUGAAGACUUUCAGCAAUUUCUCGAUAUGAACGGCAUGAGCGGCAUGAACAACUUGGCCGACAGCCUGCAGUUCGACUUUCCCGAGUUUCAGAACGCAAAUGCCCACGACCAACAUCUGAUGUCGCAGUCAAAGGAUCUGGACACGCACAUGGCCGGUGCCGAACAUGCGUCAACUAUGCUCUCGCAGCCGUCGAACGGCCCUGGCAACCUCCACAUCUCCAUGCCACCCGCCGUGUCCAGCACAGUAGCUCACUCGUCGAUUCCCGCCGUUAUGAUGCCGCCGCCGACGCCAACGGAAGCCAUCUCCGAGAUCGACGCCCAGAUCCAGUUUCUGCAGCAGCAGCGCAUGCAGCAGCAGCAACGCCAGCUCGAAGGACAUAAUGUUGUCUUCUUUACCGGCCACAACCAGAUCGUGCCGCCGACGCCGCAGAGCCUGGAGCUGCAGGCGGGCAAUCAGUUUUUCGCCAGCCCGGAACAACACCACCAGAAGCAGAUGCACCAACAGAUGGGUCAGCCACAACAGAACCAGCAGCAGGCUAUCUACGAGCGGUAUCACCACCUGAAAGAACAGCAAGAUAUGUCCUUUUCUCCCCUCGUAUCGCCUGCUGUGACGCCGCUGGAGACGCAGUUUCCCAUCGACAGCCAGUUUACCAUGUCCGGAGCUUACUUCAGUCCCCUUACGUCACCAGCCCUUCACGCCCAAGCAGACCACGCAUCGGUCUUUGAUCCUCGCCUCUCCACAGCGGGCACCUCACCGAUAGACAUGGACUUGGAGCCGCUGCCUGCGCCGGGUCCGACCUCUUCGUCUGCUGCCCCUGUGUCUGGCGACCUGGCAAAGAAGGCUAGGAAGAACAAUGCGCCCAAGUCAAGAAAGACCAACGUGCGCCAGUCACCCAUCACCAAGCCGCAGCGGAAGAAAACAUCAACAACGCCGGUGAUCAACGCGCAAGUCCUCGACCAGCUGGCCGAGUCGCUGGAGAACGAGGUACUGUCGUCUCCGGUCAUCGCCCAGCAAGGCCAUCGUUUCUCUCAACAUCUACAUCUCACGGCUGCGGCUUUGCAGCCCGGCCCUUCGUCGUCAUCCACGGGGGCCACAGACUCGGAGAACGACUCUGUGUCGCCCGAGACCCUGACGGAUAUGCCGCCCCCUCCGAUACCACAGUCGCGGUCUGCAAGGCCAUCGCCGUACCUCCACCCGCAAAACCACAGUCACAGCCACGCGGCCGUGCCAGGCCAUAUACUUGCCACGUCGUCUGGCGUCCCGAUCACGGCAUCAAUCGCCGCCGUGUCCAUGCCAAGCGGUUUCCCCUCGCCCGCAACGCCUGCUUCACUCAUGAGGCUAGCAUCACCCCAGCAGACAUCGCACAAGGCGUCAUCAGACCGCGUAGACAGCGGUCAAGACAUGCCCGGCAGCGGCAGUCUUGGCGGUUGUGCAUCUACAUCGUCUGGCGUCAACGACCACAUUGAGAGCUUCGAGCUGCCAGAGUCACUUAGCAUGAACUUCCAGAACCCACGGGCACUGCCACCCAGCAUACACAACACGCCAAUAAUUCCGACAACGGCAUCGCCGUCUCUCAACGCCGUUUCAGCUCCGACGUCCAACUUCCAGCACCUGCCGUCGCCUGCAUUUACCAAGCCAGCAGGCUCUAUUACCGCAACCGUGUCGGCCAGUCAGAGUCCCCAGCUGCUGCCUGGCGGCAAUUCGGACACGCCAACGGCCGGUACGACGCCUAAUUUGUCGGCCCAAUCACAACGGCGGACACCGCAGAUGCUCCCUAGGAACUCGAAGAAGCGAGGCAGUGUCAGCUCGAUCCAGGUGUCCCCGGCCCUGCGGCCCCGGAUCUCGCCCAGCAUCAAGCCGCUGCUUCCGGGAGGCGUGUCGGUGACGGAGGAUCAUGCAUCACGGUUGCUGGCGACAAAGUCCAACUACCAGAACAUCCUGGAGGGUAACAUGGUGCCGGGCGUGUCAUACCCAAGCGAGCUGUCGACGAAUCUAACGUCAAAGCGGACGUCGCACAAGAUUGCCGAGCAGGGCAGACGGAAUCGAAUCAACAUGGCGCUUCAAGAGAUUGCCGCACUUCUGCCACGGCCGCCACCCAAGGAGGGCAAGGAAGGCAAGGGGAGCGACGACGGGGAGUCUGACAACAAGGCGGCGACCAAGGGGGUCAACGGCAACAACGGCACUGGUGGCGGCGAUAGCGGACCCAAUAGCAAGGCGAGCACGGUGGAGAUGGCGAUCGACUACAUCAAGCACCUUCAGCAGGAGCUGGCAAACGCGACCAAAAGGGCGGAAGAAGCUGAGAAGAAGCUGCAGCUGGCAGAAGGCGCCUCAUAG